AAUGGCAGGUAAAAAUAAUUGAUUACAGUUAGCAUCCUGUGUGUAACAUUACCGGGAAAACAAGUUACGAGCAAACUCUUUAGUGAUAAAGUUAGAACUGGCGCAGGAUUAGAGCUAGCACGAGGUUGAGAUAAGAAAUGCCUGCUGGCCAAUGAUUUGGACAAAAACUACACCUUACUUGAAAAAUAUGGGUCCAAAACCUGGGAGUGGAAUUUUAGGUUCACUUAGAGAGAAGUUGCUCAAAAACUGGUUUGUUUUGGGAAUUGUUCUGGUCAUUCUGCUGGCAAGAGCAAACCCAGAAUUCGGAGCUAAAGGGGGGCCAUUGAUGCCAGAGAUUACCGUAAAGUACAUCGCAGUGUCACUCAUCUUUUUUAACAGUGGGUUAUCAUUAAAGACUGAAGAAUUAAAAAAAGCAUUGUUACAGGUUCAGCUCCAUACAUUUAUUCAAUCAUUUACUCUUCUGUUUACACCAUGUGCGAUGUGGAUCCUCUUGCAUUUCUUAUCAAAGACUGCUAUAAAUGUUUAUCUUAUUCAAGGUUUACAGAUAGUAAGUUGCAUGCCUCCACCUGUGUCAUCUGCUGUCAUAUUCACAAAGACUGUUGGUGGAAAUGAUGCUGCAGCCAUUUUCAAUUCUGCUUUUGGCAGUUUUCUUGGUAUCGUAGUCUCUCCAGUGCUUGUCUUUAUGUUUAUGGGUUCUUCAUCCACCGUCCCAUUCAUUGAUAUUUUUUCAAGUUUAUUUGUAACUGUGGUGGUACCAAUCCUCGUAGGACAGAUUGCUCGACAGUUUGUAAAGGGUUGGUUGGAACGAACGCAACCUCCUUUUGGAAUCAUUGGCAGCUUUAUUUUACUCCUGAUAAUCUACACAACAUUCUGUGACACUUUUUCCAACUCAAACCUUAAAAUCGAUUACUUUAGUUUGGCAUCGGUGGCUGCAACAGUAUUCCUAUGGCAAGCUACUCUAAUAACCUUGGUGUUCUUCAUCACUACGAGAGUUACUUGGUUGGGAUUUAAACCACAGGACACAGUGUGUGCAAUGUUCUGUGCCACACAUAAGUCUCUAACCCUGGGCAUCCCGAUGAUAAAGAUCAUUUACCUGGGAUCUCCUUACCUCUCCCUCCUCACAAUCCCUCUCCUCAUCUACCAUCCUACACAAAUGCUCCUUGGAGGAGUCCUCGUCCAAUCUGUUCGCUCCUGGAUGCACAGAGCUCUUAAAACCGAGCUUCCUGCUCCUAGUUAAGUGGAUGUUCACUAACGUCUCGACCUGCAUCAUGACUAUCAACGACCGGAAAAAAUAGCGACAAAGUUUGAAAAUAAUGACCAAGUACUAAUUGAUACAAACGCGCUAUGGUGCUUGUGUAGUUAGGUGUUAUUUUUCAUUAUUUAUUCAGGUUUUCCGUGUGUAGCAAAAACUGCAGUUCAAGGUCAACAUAUCUAUUUUAAAUCUAUUUAUUCCGAAGCAUUUUAGUUGUUUUUAUACACAUGUAUUUUAGGCAAUUUUUGAUCCUUUUUUAGUUGGUAUGCAUUUCCACACGUCCGAAACCAAUUCAUGAAGCUACACAAAUCGAAGUUUGUUACUUAUACCGUAUUUUGCUUAUAUUCUAUUUACUCAAGAUGCUCUUCCUGUGAAAUGUACUUAUCAAGCCUUAUAAACAUAAUAAAUGCGUCAUAUACUAUGUAAA